CCACCGGCUGGCCAAGGUAUCGUUCGCACCGCUGGACAUCGGCGUGCCGACGGUGGCCACGUGAUACGCGAACACGAUGCCCAACCACAACAUCGUGUGCGAGUGGCUGCGCACCAUCGGGCUGGCCCAGUACGGGGAGAGCUUCCUGGAGAACGGCUACGACGAGCUGGAGAUCUGCAAGCAGAUCGGCGAGAUCGAUCUGGAUGCCAUCGGCGUGGACAAUCUGUCGCAUCGCGGCAAGCUCUUGAAGAGCGUCCGCAUGCUGCGCGAGAAGGGGGCGGCCAUUGUCUAUGUGCUCAUCAACGAUCCGAAGGCGCUCAGCAACAGCAACGAGAUCCUGGCCUCCGACUGUGAUACGCCCGUGACCAUGAAGGAGCUGGAGGCGGUCAUGAAGCGGCACCUCGAGGCCGACGGCAUCCGCCUCACCGCCCACCCGUACUCCACACCGGAGGGCAAGCGUGGAUAUCUGGAGGGACUGGCCGCCCACUACAGCAAGCAGAUCAACAUGCCGUACGAGGACGUGCUGGAUGCCAUCGAACAGGUGCGCCUAUCCAAGUGGAAGGAGCGGCAUGUGCGCAUCUCGACGGGGCACACGCUCACCCGCCGCCUCGCCGGCGUUCCGGGCUCCAGCAGUUCCGGCGGAGGACUGGUUAGCUCCUCCGUGAUGCCCACCAGCCACAGCCAGCCGCUGUAUGUGCCCGGCAAGUAUUUGCCCUCCAGCUGCCUCUCGAACCGCGAGGAGAACGAGAUCUACAGCUACACGCAGAACGAUUUGGCCAAUCGGAUGGCCCGCAACGCCAUCGACUCCAAGUCGGCCCUCAAUCUGAACGGGAUGCAGCACAGCUAUCCGGGGGCGCGCACCAAUUUCUUUUACGACUUUUCCGCAACAGAGGGCCGCAACAAGAACAAGCAGCGGCGCACGGUCUUUGCCCGCUUCCUGCAGGGCCUGCGGCAGAGCGGCGACGAGCUGAACGCCACCGAGGGAAUGCAGCUGAAGACAAACGAGCGACUGAGGGCCUGCAGCACGAUGAAGCGACCUGAGCCGCACCAGGACUUUGAGAAGACCAUUCAGAGACUCAAGACACAAAAGGCGGCCCAGAAGAAGCCCGCCAGCGCGCCCAUGGACAUUGCGUGUCACGAACGGAACAAGGAGGUGGCCCUGGCCCAUGCCCACGUCAACGAGAUGCCGCUGAACAACUACACGAAGCAUCCCUAGGACACGGCCCUAAGCAGCGCUGCUGCUUAAGAUCGACGCUAAACAAUCGAACCCCCAAUCAACACACAGGCAUUUCAAUCGAUUCAAUCUUUCAAUCAGGUGAUACACAUGUUAGGCAAGCAGGAAUCGGAGCGUAGUCUACUCGUAUUACUCGAAGAGGCUUAGAGACUUAGGGAUAGUUAAGGAUAGGGAUAACGAAGAUCAACGAAGCAAUAUAGCAAUACGUAUAUGUAGCCAUAGA